UCUUGGCGGCAGUUGGUGGAGCUGGAGCUGCGAGUCUGUCCUCGGCGCUGCCUGCGCGUUUACCUCAGUCUCCACUGGAACUCUUCUCACCAGCCCACCUCAUCCUGACCCAGUCCCGGCGGAGAGCGGCGCCAACCCGAGCGCUGCCUCGGAUUAGGCGUCCGCUGAAGUCGGAACGCCCCUCCGCGUCUCCCCGCGGCUCAGCAAGGACCGCGUCCGGGCUGCUGUCGCCUCGUCGCCAUGGCGCCCACCAUCCAGACCCAGACCCAGCGGGAGGACGGCCACAGGCCCAAUUCCCACCGGACUCUGCCUGAGAGGUCUGGAGUGGUCUGCCGAGUCAAGUACUGCAACAGCCUCCCUGACAUCCCCUUCGACCCCAAGUUCAUCACCUACCCCUUCGACCAGAACAGGUUCGUCCAGUACAAAGCUACUUCCUUGGAAAAACAGCACAAACAUGACCUCCUGACUGAGCCAGACCUGGGGGUCACCAUCGACCUCAUCAAUCCUGAUACCUACCGCAUUGACCCCAAUGUACUCCUAGACCCAGCUGAUGAGAAGCUUUUGGAAGAGGAGAUUCAGGCCCCCACGAGCUCCAAGAGAUCCCAGCAGCAUGCGAAGGUGGUGCCGUGGAUGCGGAAGACAGAGUACAUCUCUACUGAGUUCAACCGUUACGGCAUCUCCAAUGAGAAGCCUGAGGUCAAGAUUGGAGUUUCUGUGAAGCAGCAGUUCACUGAGGAGGAAAUAUACAAAGACAGGGACAGCCAGAUCACAGCCAUUGAGAAGACUUUUGAGGAUGCGCAGAAGUCGAUCUCCCAGCAUUACAGCAAGCCCCGAGUGACACCAGUGGAGGUCAUGCCUGUCUUCCCAGAUUUUAAGAUGUGGAUCAACCCAUGUGCUCAGGUGAUCUUUGACUCAGACCCAGCCCCCAAGGACACCAGUGGUGCAGCUGCGUUGGAGAUGAUGUCGCAGGCCAUGAUCAGAGGCAUGAUGGAUGAGGAAGGGAACCAGUUUGUGGCCUACUUCCUGCCUGUGGAAGAGACGCUGAAGAAACGAAAGCGGGACCAGGAAGAGGAGAUGGACUAUGCACCGGAUGAUCUGUAUGACUACAAGAUUGCUCGGGAGUACAACUGGAACGUGAAGAACAAGGCUAGCAAGGGCUACGAGGAAAACUACUUUUUCAUCUUCCGAGAGGGUGAUGGGGUUUACUACAAUGAAUUGGAGACCAGGGUCCGCCUGAGUAAGCGCCGGGCCAAAGCUGGGGUUCAGUCAGGUACCAACGCCCUGCUUGUGGUCAAACAUCGGGACAUGAAUGAGAAGGAAUUAGAAGCCCAGGAGGCACGGAAGGCCCAGCUGGAGAACCAUGAACCCGAGGAGGAAGAGGAAGAGGAGAUGGAAACAGAAGAGAAAGAAGCUGGGGGCUCAGAUGAGGAGAGAGAGAAGGACAGCAGCAGCGAGAAGGAAGGCAGUGAGGACGAGCGCUCAGGCAGUGAGAGUGAACGCGAGGGUGACAGGGACGAGGCGAGUGACAAGAGUGGCAGCGGCGAGGACGAGAGCAGCGAGGACGAGGCCCGGGCUGCCCGGGACAAAGAGGAGAUCUUCGGGAGUGACGCGGAUUCAGAGGACGACGCUGACUCCGAUGAUGAGGACAGAGGCAGGGCCCGUGGCAGUGACGAUUCGGACAGCGGCAGUGAUGGGGGUGGCCACCGGAGCCGCAGCCACAGCCGAAGCCGCAGCGCCAGUCCCUUCCCCAGUGGCAGUGAGCACUCGGCCCAGGAGGAUGGCAGUGAAGCGGCAGCUUCUGAUUCCAGUGAAGCCGACAGCGACAGUGACUGAGUCCCAGGGCCUCCAGGACUGGCGCAGACGAGAUUAUUAUGCGCAGGAAGGCACUUUCCCAGCGUUCUCUUCGCAAGCCCUUCGCUUUGUUUGUUUCCUUCCCCUCCUCCAAACCUUUGCUGUUAAUAAAGCCAACUUCUCUUUA